CACCCCAACUACGACGAGGAGGAGGAGGAGCACAAGUUCUUCCGCCGCAAGCGCCUCGGGGUCAUCAAGAACGUGUUGGCCGCCAGCCUGGCCGGGACCCUCACCUAUGGGGUGUACCUGGGCCUGCUGCAGAUGCAGCUGAUCCUGCACUACGACGAGACGUACCGGGAGGUGAAGUACAGCAACAUCCAACUGGAGGACAUCGACCGCAAGGUGCUGAUGGGCAUCAACGUCACCCCCAUCGCGGCGCUGCUCUAUACACCCGUGCUCAUCAGGUUUUUUGGCAUCAAGUGGGCCAUGUUCCUCGCAGUGGGUAUCUACGCCUUCUUCGUCUCCAGCAACUACUGGGAGCGCUACUACACGUUGGUGCCCUCAGCCGUGGCCAUUGGGGUGGCCAUCGUGCCCCUCUGGGCUUCCAUGGGCAACUACAUCACCAGGAUGGCCCAGAAGUACUACGAGCACGUCAACUACAAGGAGGAGCACGUGCAGAAGCAGCAGCGGGCACCACGAGGGGCCAGCGAUGCCUACAUCAUCAUCUUCCAGACCAUCUUCUACGCCUGUUUCCAUUUGAGCUUCGUCUGCGCUCAGAUGCCCAUGCUCUUCUUCCUCAACAACUACCUCUACCAGCUCAACCACACGCUCUUUGGGGUCAAGCACUGCGGGACCCUGAGCCAUGGCAUGCUGCCUGGCUUCAACACCACGGUGCUGCAGAGCCUGCCCCGGAGCAUCAACCUCAUCGUGGUGGAGAGCGUGCUGAUGGCGGCCGCCUUCCUCGCCAUGCUGGUG